CAGUGCAAAGUUUGCAUAGACACUUUGCAGUCAGUUGUUUCACAAGCUAAGUGUCUUAUCAAAGGAUCUAUUUGCUCAUGAAGAACCCUGACAUGGUAGAAGAGACGAUGGGGAAGUGUUGGAGCGCCACCAAGGAUCAGUUUGACAACUUGGAGAAGCAUACACAGUGGGGGAUCGAAUUUGUGGAGAAGUACACCAAAUUUGUCAAGGAGAGAUCGGAGAUCGAAACCAGCUAUGCAAAACAAAUUAGGAAUUUAUCAAAGAAGUAUCAACCCAAGAAGAACUCACGAGAAGAUGAGGAGAGCAAGUAUUCCUUCUGUCGAGCCUUCCUGACAACACUUAAUGAGUUAAAUGACUACGCGGGUCAGCAUGAGGUCAUCGCCGAGAACCUCACGUCGCAAAUCAUCACUGAGCUUUCGCGCUACCUGCAGGAUAUCAAAACAGAGAGGAAAAUGCACUUCCAUGAUGGGCGUAAGGCACAGCAGCACAUCGAGAGUUCGUGGAAACAGCUGGAAGCGUGUAAAAGGCGGUUCGAGAGAGACUGCAAGGAGGCCGACCGAGCACAGCAAUACUUUGAGAAGAUGGACGCUGACAUUAACGUGACCAAGGCUGAUGUGGAGAAGGCACGACAGCAAGCUCAGAUGAGACACCAGAUGGCCUCUGACAGUAAGGGCGAUUACUCCUCCUACCUUCAGAAGUUCAACCAGGAGCAGAAUGACCAUUACUACACAAUUAUCCCCAACAUAUUCCAGAAACUUCAAGACAUGGAGGAGAAAAGAAUUGAGAGGAUAGGAGUGUGCAUGAAGACGUUCGCAGACGUGGACCGCCAAGUGCUGCCCAUCGUGGGGAAAUGUUUAGACGGCAUGACGAAGGCCGCCGAAUGCAUUGAGCCCAAGGAUGACUCAAAGCAGGUGGUGGAGUCCUACAAGUCUGGGUUCGAGCCCCCGGGCGAGGUGGAGUUCGAGGACUACGGCCAGGCCAUGAAGAGGACGGCGUCGGACACCAGCCUGACCAACUCCAAAGAGGGAAAAGAGAAGCCCGUUAGCAAGACCAAGGGCAAACUCUGGCCUUUUAUUAAGAACAAGAACAAGCUUAUGUCCCUGUUAACGUCCCCCCACCAGCCCCCACCUGCCCCCCCAGCCUCAUCCCCGCCCUCACCCUCUGCUGUUCCCAACGACCCCCAGUCUCCCAAUCAGCACAAGGAGCCCCUCUCCCACCGCCUCAACGACUUCAUGGCCUCCAAACCCAAAAUGCACUGCCUCCGGAGCCUGAGGCGAGGGCUUUCUCUCAAGCUGAUCACACUCAAUUCCCACGUCCGGAAUCUCCUCGAGGGUUCUGGACCAGAAGAUUUCAGCCACCUGCCGCCAGAGCAGAGGAGGAAGAAGCUCCAGGGCAAGAUCGACGACUUAAAUAAAGACAUUCAGAAAGACAUGGACCAGAGGGACGCUCUAACGAAGAUGAAAGACGUGUAUGUGAAGAACCCUCAGAUGGGAGACCCCGCCAGCGUUGACCCCCGGUUAUUAGAGAUAGGCCAGAACAUCGAGAAGCUCCAGUUAGAAGUGCAGAAAUUUGAGGGUUGGUUAGCAGAAGUGGAGGAGAGAAUGCCGUCCAAGAGUGACACGCAGCGGCGGAGCGGGAUCUUCGAGACCCAGAACAACACGACAGUGAGCAACAACUGUGCGCAGGACAGAGAGAGCCCGGACGGCAGCUACACAGAGGAGCCCAAUUCAGAGACUCAGGUCAAAGUCAACACCCAUCCUGUCCCCACGUCCUCCACGCCCGAGUUUGACGACGAGUUUGACGACGAGGAGACGCUGCCCACCAUCGGCACCUGCAAGGCCUUGUAUCCCUUUGAAGGUCAUAACGAGGGCACAAUCUCGGUGGCCGAGGGCGAGCUGUUGUACGUCAUAGAGGAAGACAAAGGGGACGGCUGGACGCGAGUGCGCCGGAACGGGGAGGAGGAAGGCUACGUCCCCACGUCCUAUGUCGAGGUCUUUUUGGAAACAAAUGCCAAAGGCCAGUGGUAAAGAAAUGGAGGAGUGAGAAUGUAACUGUAUAAAAAGAUUCCUAAAAGUGUGAGGCUGCUGGCUGAGGAAUGGCAGGGCAAGCAGCACCGGAGAGAAACCACCACGCUCCUCACACGCUCAGAGAGUCAGAGAGAGAGAGAGAGAGAGAAAGUGAACGAUGACGAGUCUAAAAGGGCCGCUAAUAACGCAUCUCAAUUUUUUUAAAAACAAUACAACAAGAAAAAACAACAAAAAAACACCAAAACAACGACGUAUCAGCUGUGUUGUUCUUCUUUAACCUUUUCCCCAUUCUUAACACCCAUGCAGCAGCCCUCAGUGCGGGUUUUCCCUUCUUUGUGUUGAGUAAAGCUUCGCUUCCUACUGUAACUAACGUGCAGUCGUGUUGCCACUUCUCCUUUUCCCUUUACCCCUGCUACACACACACGCACACACACACACACACACACUGAAGAGGGUGUGGUCAGAGAGAGAGGACGGUGACCAGCAAAGAAGAAAUCAUGGCCUCUGUCAUCCACAGUUUGUGUGUCAUGAAUUCCUCACUCGCUCAUUGACUAUUCUGAUUCCGUGUUCAUCUAUGAAGCUGUGAAAACCUCACGUUCUACUGAAGUCGGCUCCAUAUUUGUAGGUUUUUAGAAAGUGAAGGUGUGAAUCAUGUGUGUGUCAGGGUCAUACCACCACAACGAGGUUUAAAAAGCACCCAGAGACGUAGCUCGCCCACGACCGCUCACGUGCCGUCGUAAAACGGGGAAGUUGAUUCCCUCGUGUGCGUUUGUUGAGCUUCGGAGAGACAUUUCUAAACGAGAAAAGUAAAAGUAAGAAACGUGAAUAUAUUUGGUGUCAACACAGCUUUUCAUUCACAGUUCACGUUUUUUUUCUUAAACGCUGGGCUGGAUCGUGUGUGGACGUGACCUGGGAGUCAAACAAAAUAACCACUGUCACUUAAAAACAGAUGAGCGUGGAUGUUUGUUGUUUGUUUUUAUAUCCUUAUUUUAAAACGUUUCCGUGUGUCGUCACGAAUCACUCUCACACCCUCCUGUCACUGGUGCCUGUUCUUCUCUCUGACCACAUCACUUCCAUGGCCCCGCCUCCAUCCUCAAGCAGCUUUAUUAAGGCUUUCCCUUGGCUGCUUUGAGGUCCCCUCCCUCCCCUUCUCUCUCACCCCCCCCCCUCUUGUCCCCCACCCUUUUGGGGUUUUUUUUGCAACAGCUCAGGGGCGGGGCCUCUCUGCUCUGCGUUGUGCGGUGUGCUGCAUGCUUGCCCUGUCUUCCUCCUCGCUCCCUCUGCCGGCAGCCCGGAUGAGGUGGCGGGGGGCUUGUUUUCGAGCAGCUUAACGCUCUCUCUCUCCUCCCCCCCCCCCCCCUCCUCCCCCUUGCUCUCUGCCUCCAGCCUCUCUCUUCAGUUAACCCUCAUUGCCUGGAUUAACUGUUCAAAUUAACCUGAAUGCUACUGUUUAGGUUCAGUGCCUGUUUUUUUUUUAAAUAUCUCUUUUCUGUUGUUGGUUCAGAAAAGCAUGUUUUUCCCCUUGUUUUCAGCAGCGAGUGAGAAACAGAGCGUUUGUGUCGCUGUACACUCACAGUUACAGUGUGUGUGUGUGUGUGUGUGUGUGUGUGUGUGAAAGGGGUUAGUGUUGUACGUUUUGAUCAGAGUGUUUGACGCAAGUUGUUGUUUAGUUUACAGUGAAUCAGCGAGCAGCAGCAGCAGCAGCAGCGGCAGUUCUCCCAAAAAACAAAGUUAUCCCGUUCCAACCUGAUGUUUUUAUUUACGAAGGCUGUCUACUGUACAUGGAAACAUACUGUGAUUCAUCAUUUUCCUGUGAAUUUGUGACAGAAUCACCAGGUUUGUGUUCAAUCACUGGGAGAAAAAAAGGAAUAAGAUGUGAUGAUCUCCAAAGGUUUUUGGUUUUAGUCAACGUGCUCCUCCCCUCCCUCCUGCUUAAUGGCACAUAAUGUGAUUUGUUUUUAUAUUUGAUUUUUAAUUUGAGUUUCUGCUUCUAUGUUAAGCUGGAAAUUAGCUUCUUUUUUUUUUUAAUCUCAGCCUGAGCGGGACUAAAAUCUCUUCAGUGCAAACAGUAACAGUGGUUGUGUUUUGGAUGAAGCCAUUGCUGAACAGAUCGUCUGAAGCAGAGUGUCAGACACUUUCGUUGUGGAUAAGUGAUGCACGUCACGACUGAUUGGACUCUUGAUAAUGGAAGAAAUGAUCAAAUCCCUGCUGAAUCAACAGUGUUUGUCUCAAAAUGUCAACAUUUUCUAACAAAGCCAUUUGUUUUUGUUUGUGUUAACGUUUUCUGAGUGAUACAUGACACCACUCGUUUCUGCCUGUGCUCUGCAAUGAACCCAACACACAACGUGAAUAACCCGCCUGUACAGUGGAAAAAUGGCACCGUGGAAUUAGAGAGAGAGAAUAUAUAUGAAUAUAUAAAGUUUAAAAAGGAAAAACAUCUAUUUUAACUAUUCAGAGUCUUACCCUGACUUUAUCUGCUUUGCAAAAGUAAGACUUCUUCUUUCCUUUGUGAGGUUUUACCAAAUGGUGUGUUUUUUGCACUUUUUUCUUUUCGUUUCUUUUUUUUUUCUUGGUUUUUGGUCCAUUUGGUAGCCCAUGCUUGUUGUUUUGGAGCACUGAAUACUCUGUAUUGUGUUUACUGUGCCAAUUAAAUAUGCCUGGAAAGAAA